CCGCGCUCCGUCCGGGGCGGGGCGGCGCGAUCGGCGGGCGGUGCUGGGGGCUGAGGGGGCACGCGGCCCGCCGCCCGCGCCAUGUCGUUCCGCCGCGCCUUGGCGCUGGCCGCCUGCGGGCUGGCCGGCGGCUCCGUCCUCUUCUCCGCCGUUGCCGUGGGCAAGCAGCCGGCCCGCGGCGGCGACGCCGAGCUGCGGCCGGGGGGCUCUGCCGCCGCCGUUCCUCCCGCUGCUGCGGCGCCGCCGGGUUUGCUGCUGCUGCCGCCGCCCGCCGCCGCCGCAGCCUCCUGCCCGCCGGCCCCCGGCUGGAUCGAGAGACCCGCCGGUACCGGCGGCUACUGGGACAGUAACUGGGACAGACGUGAACCACUGGCUCUUAUCAACCUCAAAAAGAAAAAUGAAGAAACUGGGGAAGAAGAACUUGCCUCACGCUUAGAUCACUGCAAAGCAAAAGCCACCAGGCACAUAUUCCUUAUCCGUCAUUCUCAGUAUAAUUUGGAUGGACGGGCUGAUAAAGACAGAACUCUGACCCCACUUGGUCGAGAGCAGGCUGAACUGACUGGACACAGGCUGGCAAGUUUGGGAUUAAAAUUUGAUCAGAUUAUCCACUCCUCCAUGACUAGAGCAACUGAAACAACUGAAAUUAUAAGCAAGCAUCUCCCAGGAGUCAAAAAAAUUAGCACUGAUCUGCUGAGAGAGGGAGCACCUAUAGAACCAGACCCCCCAGUCUCUCACUGGAAACCAGAAGCUGUGCAGUAUUAUGAAGAUGGAGCUCGAAUCGAGGCUGCUUUUCGCAACUUCAUUCAUAGAGCUGAUGUGAAGCAGGAAGAGGACAGCUAUGAGAUCUUUGUCUGCCAUGCCAAUGUGAUCCGCUAUAUUGUGUGCAGAGCGUUGCAGUUCCCCCCAGAAGGCUGGCUGCGAAUGUCUCUUAACAAUGGCAGUAUAACUCACUUGGUGAUACGUCCAAAUGGAAGAGUGGCACUUCGAACACUGGGUGACACGGGUUUCAUGCCUCCAGAUAAAAUCACGCGCACCUGAGCAAAAGUGAUGGCUGUCCAGCAGCUGCCUCUAGGCUCUUUGCACUAGUACAUUCAGCUAUGGUACCGUUCGAUUUUUAUCUGUUAUGUUGGGGUGUGACGCUGUCUUGAAAUGUCUUUUAGCCCCUUGCCUCCUUCAUACAUAUUCAUAUCUGCCUUUCAGUCUGGGAAAGAAGAAAUCUCUGUAAGCCUGAAGCUGUCCAGUCCUCAAGUAUUCCCCAAAAUGCAAAGCUGAGCUGUGGAACACAAAGAGAUCGAAUGUCUGUGUGCUCAGCAGUUGUAAGAGCACUGACUUUCCCCCACCCCACCGUGAAUUUCUAGAACCAAAGCUUGUGCCUGUGGAUGUUUCUCUUGUGCAGGACAGCAAGUGGUGUGGGAACAGGAAGGAAUAGCCUUGUAUCACACUGCAGCUAAAACUGAAGACAAGCCAGCUUGUUUCAGCUCCUGCAGAAGUGACAAACAGGGUAUUCUGCUGUUCAAAGGACGCGGGAUUAAGGCUUCAGUUUGUGUAAGCUGUUGAGGAUGUGUGUUUCUGUUUUGUCAUUGUUCCCCUCUGUCCCCCAAAAGCUCAUGUAAACUGUGCCUGGAGGUUGCAAGCCUAAAGCAGAGAGGGUAAAAAACCCAUUUGCCUCAGAGCUGUGGUGCUAGAAUUAACUGCUGCGUAUCCUACGUGUUCCUCCAUCCUCAGGAAGUUCUUUAAGCUAGGCUGAACAAUGUUUUUCAGUCUUGUAAAGCCUUUUAACUAACACUUGGUCUGUAGACGGACACAGGGAUGAGUCUGUAGCAGUAAGAUGGAAGGAAAGGAAAGCAGCAAUCUUCUGAAAGUGCUUCCAGUUACUGACUCUUAUGUUUUUGAGUGCUUUCUCCCAUUGAUUUGUACCUGUUGAUACCUUGCUUUCUGAGUAGAGGCGUACCACCCCCGAGUUGAGCAUAGUUCUGCAGUAUUGAAGCAAACUGCUGCUUAAAACCACUGCGGCCUGAAUGGUGAGGAACUGUCUGUGGGAGGGGGGCGGGCAGAAUGCUUUGAGAGUGGCUGCUCUGUACAGCCCUGACACUGCUGGGCAGAAUGCAGGUGGCUGCGAAGGGGGUUUCGUUUCUGAGGGUAGGGCUCAGCAGCAUUUCAGCCUGAGGAUGUUUGCUAGGCACCUGAACGGCUCCAGGAGGUUGGCUCACUUAAUGCCUGCAAUGAAAAAAAUGUCACCAAAUGCAGAGUCUGCCUUGGUGAUGGAUAGAGCACAGACUGUAGGACAGCAAUCAGAACUAACUAGUUUAACAGGUCCUCUUAUCACUGAGAAUGUUGAUGAGACGCUGAGCUCCUGUCAGAGCUGUGUGCAGCAUAAUCACAGCACACAGCCGAGUGAGACAGGGUUUAAAGGCCGCUUUGAUACAGGACUGCUACAGCAGGAGGCUUUCAAGGAAAGUGGGGUUAGUAGGGAACAAAACAUGAUCGUUGUGUAGUGCAAGUUGUGGGGGCAAGAGGAAACCAUCAUGACUUACCUCUCAUUGAUAAUGAGAAUAAUUUAUCAGUUUUUGUCUAUUAACUUUUUAAAAGUUUUGAAUAAAAUAACUGGUCUGUCUUUCUUUCUUGUCUCUUCAGUUGAGUAGCUGUAGAUGUGGCUGAAGUGCUGUGCAGUGACUUGGGUGUGUUUCUGCUGGCCGAGCAGCCUUUGUAUCCCACCGUGCCUGUGGUAACAACUCAUUUACCACCUUUGUCCUUUUCCCUUCCCGUAGCUGCAAUGUAAACUUGGGAGAGGAGCUAGCGCAGAGUUCAUUAUCGUCACCCCCAGGACCGGGUGCAAGCACUGCUCUAUGCAAGGGGACUGCACAGCUCUAGGCAGAGUCCUGUGGAUCUUGGUGCUUUGGGAGGUGCGGGGCUGUGUCACUUCCCACCACAAGGAACAGGAGCACCAGAGCCAGGGAGCUGAAGAUUCUGUGCAGUUUUAUUUGUGUGCAUACAUACUCACAUCCAUAGCUUUCUACUCCCCCCACCAGUGAACAGGCUCCUGGUGGGCAGCCAGAGCCCACACCCCACCUCUUUGCACAUGUACAGGAAUUAACAUUUUCAGUGGCACUUAAGUUGACGUGAGGGAAGAAUGAAAUUUAAAAUUUAAGUACCUAAUUUUUACAGUAUUCUGACUUCCUGUCUCUUAAACAUUUUGAGACUAUUCAAGUCUUCAGUGACCUAAUCCAGGGGCAUUGUAUACACACAAGCAAAAGAUGCACGGAGUUGUAUUAGGAAGGCCGAGUUAGAUUUAUUAGUAAGAUUUGCCACAUCAUAGUAUUAUCCAGGUACUUAGCACCGUGCCCGUACACUAAACACAGUGUGACGCUUUUAGCUACUCAUUUAUUUUUUAAUAGAAAGCAGGGUAACUAUUUUUUACAUGACGCUUGGCUAAUUUAAAAAAACACCCACAACUAAUCUUUUGCACCUUUAAAAGUGAACUUUUAGCCAAGAAAACACAUUUCAAGCAAUAUCAAUCUGAUUUAAAGUGUCUCCACAGGCUUAGCAUGGAAGAGCUUUCUUCACAAUCAUGAACGAUCAAAUCGCUACAUAAAUUGCUUUUUUUUUAAUAGCUGAAGUAAAUACAUUGUUAGAAAAAUGACCUCUAAAGAUGCAGUACAACUGGACUAAUGCACAUAAUGUAACACAGUUAAAAAAACCCGUUUUGCUGAGUGAACCGAAACUAGGUGAAAGGCAAGGGUGGGGUGGUGGGAGGGGGGGGAGGAGGUGUGUGUGGGGGUGUGUCUACAUGUACAUACCAGUAAUACACAUUUAAAUACUAAAAAAAGAGAGCAAAGCGUAACAAAUGUAAAAAGGAAAAAGUACUAGAGUGUUAGUAUCAGUCUCCUGGCUUUACAACAAAAUCUUAAUAAAAGGGUGAUGUCACCCUGGGCCAGCCCAGGACAGGCCAGGGUGGAGAACAACAGCUGCAUGCACAGCAACUUACCCCCUGAAUUUGGCUUUGAUAUGGUAUUGGGCAUUUACUCAUCACUUGAAUAAUUUCUCCAGCAUGACAAAGACAUAAUUUACAUUAAAUUAUUAAAAAAAAAAAAAAA